UUGCCAAGGAACGCCAUCCUUACCUCCUUCCUGGUCAACUAAAGCUGAGCCUUUAUCUGAUUCUGACUUUUCUGAUUCUUUCCUCAGCAGCAGUCAUCACAUGAAGCCCUUCGCCAACCUUUAAAGCUGGUACACUUUGAAAGACAUGAAGAUACUUGGACAUGUGACCUUCUUCCUUUUGCUGGUGGGAAUCUGGGCUCAGAACAACCGUAAUGCAAAAGCAAGUGGGAGAUCUACAAAGAGAGGAGGUGGGGCCCAUGCAGGUAGGGCUGCACAGUCCACCCCAGCGGCUGAUUCUUCUCAAGGCAGUGGCAGAAGCUCUGGGAGACCAGCUGACACCCGGCAGGACAGCUCUGUUGGAACUCGUGCAGCUGGUCAACAGACAGAUGAGAUGAGGCUGCAGUUCCUCAGGAAUGCUCAGGUGACAUGCAACGAUGGUUCUGCAGCUGGUUUCUACCUAAAGGAGUACAGAGGAAGCCGCAGAUGGCUGUUAUUUCUGGAAGGUGGCUGGUGCUGCUACAGCAAAGAGACCUGUGAUUCCAGGUACCAAAAUAUCCCCCGACUAAUGAGCUCAUCGGGGUGGCCCCAAACUAAAAGAGGGACUGGGAUAUUGUCAUCUCUGGCAGAAGAAAACCCACACUGGCACAAUGCAAACCUUGUAUUCAUCCCAUACUGUUCCAGUGAUGUAUGGAGCGGCACUGGCCCCGCCGCAACCCCCCCACCAAGAACAAGACAGGGAAAAGACAAAGUCAAAGAAACAAAUACGAAUGCAACUGAGUACUCUUUCAUGGGAUCCCUUAUUAUCCGGGAGGUCAUCAAAGAUCUCAUCCCCAAAGGAAUCAAGCAGGCCAAGGUUGUCGUGCUAGCUGGCACCAGUGCUGGUGCAACAGGUGUUUUACUCAACAUAGAGAGGGUUGCCAGCCAGUUGCAGCGUCUAGGAACCGAGGCGCAGGUGCGAGGCCUGGUGGAUUCUGGCUGGUUUCUGGAGAGUAAGCAGCAACGCUCCCCAAACUGCCCCGAGACGAUUUCCUGCACGCCUGAAGAUGCUAUCAAGAUAGGACUUAGGUUGUGGAAUGGGGUGGUUCCAGAUAGGUGCCGCCAGCUUUACAAGAGAGGGGAGGAGUGGCAAUGCUUCUUUGGUCACAGACUCUACUCCACUUUGACUUCUGCCCUCUUCAUCGUGCAGUGGCUGUUUGACGAGGAGCAGCUGAGAGUGGAAAAUAUCUACAUGGGAGGUCAGAGUCUGUCUGAGGAGCAGUGGCAGUACAUCCAGAAUCUGGGCGUGGAGAUUAAAAACUCCCUGAGAGAUGUGAGUGCGGUAUUUGCUCCAUCUUGCCUUUCACACACACUCAUCACAAAAAGAAAAUUCUGCACCAAUGUCAGUUUACCUCCUUCCAUGUUAGAGCUGCCUCUGUUACACACCUAA